GCAGUCCGUGUAAACACCGAAAGAACAACCGCUUCACUGUGUUCCGCAGCUUCUCGUCGUCUUCGUCAUCCUCUCGAACCCCGCGCGGCCUUCGACCGCACCAGCGUUGUGGCUUGUCCUUCACCGGGUGUGCAAAGCGGCGGUCUUUCUCGUAGUUGAGCCAAUCAUCGGAGGCAGCCGUCGCGGAGGUGGACUCGUCGCCUAGCCGUGCUGCCAAUCUGUCUCUCGUGGACAAUGCGUGUCGUCGUGAUGGCCCCCCGGCGUCUAGAUGCUGUCAAAGACCGCUUGCUGCCACCUGUUUGAGUAGCCCCGGCUAGCUGGCUAGCUGUCGAGCUCCGUCUAGCUCAUUUCGAAGCGGCACUUCUCCAUCCGGGAAGACCGCCUAGGGCUUGGCCGGCAGGUUAGAGCAGCGCGUCGUCGUAAUAGGUACGCCCGCGCGGAACCCGACUCUCGAGAUGUUACGCAAGAGUGAGGUCGCCCUAAUGCCCAUCCACCUGGCGUCGCAUCUAAGUUGAUGCUCGGCUAAAAGCUCAGCCGUCGUCACCGUUCUUGUAUAGGUAUUAGCAGCAUCAACUUGUCACCAGUGCUCGGUGUCAUCAGGGUCGAAUCUACUGUACCUCCGUCAUCCGCGCGUUUGUUGUGUGUCAUACUCAUUUCGCCACGUGUCUUACCUCCGACAUCGUCACCACACAUCUGCUGGCAGAGUCAUCGUUCCUUAUCAUUGCUCGUAAGCUGGAUUUUCGGUGGCAUUAGUCACUCGUCGAAGGCUGGACCUUCUUCGUUCGAACGGGUCUUCCAUUCAUCUGAAGAAAAGCUUCGGGCGUGAAGCCACGUCGUUUGUUCAUAUCUUAACAGCAUCUCUUUUCGACCGUUCACUCGUUCUCUUGAGGGACGCUUCUUGUGAUGGAGUAUCGUUUCGUGAAGUGAGUGCAAAGUAAUAGUCGUACCAUAGCUCUGUCUGCAUUUAUAGCUUCGGUGAAAUAAUUUUGUGGGCCUCAAUUCGUUUCGUUUGUAAAGGGUGACGUACACCGACGUUUUACGCAUUCGUCAGCUAUCGUGGUCACUAGUUCUUCUUAUUGUAGUCGUCUCGUAUAGCCGGCCACUACGCGGUCCUUCUUGUUCUUUUCUUUUUUCACGCCACCACGCACUUUGAGCGUUGCUUCGUCAGCUCAGCAACGUCACAGCGGGUCAUUGUUAAGCAUCAACGACUGCUCAAGUGAUCGUCGAGCUGCGCGUCGCCCCUGGUACUUCGGGCUGUCAACACCACCACCAUGGCAAAGAAAGUCAACGUGCCGUCACAGCUCAAGCCCCACAAGCAGCAGUUCCCGAGAAGUGUGUCAGCCAGCAGCAGCGUCUACAUCUUGUCUGCGAAUGUCCCCACGAAUGACAUGGAGCAGGAGUUUCCACGGGUCAGCUCCCAGGUUCCCUUGUCCCCGCGGGGAGGCGAGGACGAGGAGCGGGGCUCGGACGGCGAGUACGUCGAACGCGGCACUUGGACCGGCCGCUUCGACUUCAUACUCUCCCUGCUGGGGUACUCGGUCGGCCUCGGAAACGUCUGGAGGUUUCCAUACCUCGUCUACAGCAACGGAGGCGGGGCCUUCCUGAUCCCGUUCUUUGUGAUGAUGAUCCUUGCGGGACUUCCGCUCAUGUUCAUGGAGCUGUCCUUCGGGCAGUACUCUAGUCUGGGGCCCAUCGCCAUCUUUGAGCGCUUCUGCCCUCUCUUCCAUGGUCUAGGCUACGGUAUGGUGAUUGUGUCCGGCAUCGUUAUGCUCUACUACAACCUGAUCAUCGCCUGGACGCUGUUCUAUAUGUUCGCAUCCUGGUCCAAAACGCUGCCUUGGGAAAAGUGCGACCCGGAUUGGUGCACUCCAGCUUGUUAUCAGUACGAGGACGCCGACGCGUGCUUCAGGAUCAACGGAUCCUACUACAACCAGACCUGCUUCAACCAAAGUAUGGCCCAAGAACUGAAUAUAUCAGCGCUUGUAAAGAACAUGGCAAAGCGAACGCCAUCGGCUGAAUACUUCAGGUUCUUCGUGCUCGGCGAGUCUCCCAGUAUACGAGAAACGGGCGAGAUACGGUGGCCUUUGGCCUUGUGCUUGCUACUUGCCUGGAUCAUUGUCUUCCUAUGCCUCUGCAAAGGCGUCCAGUCCUCGGGAAAAGUGGUGUACUUUACUGCCCUCUUUCCUUACGUGGUGCUGGUGAUAUUGUUUUUCCGCGGUGUUACCUUGCCCGGUGCCUAUGAGGGAAUCAUGUUCUACGUCACGCCCAACUGGAGGCUACUACUUACCCCGCAGGUCUGGGGAGAUGCGGCGGUGCAGAUAUUUUUCGCUCUGAGUCCAGCCUGGGGCGGACUCAUCACACUGUCGUCUUACAACAAGUUUCAUAACGACUGUUACAAGGACUCCCUGAUUGUGUCCGUGAGCAACGUGCUCACGAGCAUUUUUGCCGGCUUCGUGAUCUUCUCGGUGAUCGGGUACCUGGCGCACGAGCUGAACGUCGAAGUGGAGCACGUCGUGGACCAGGGCGCCGGCCUCGCCUUCAUCGUCUACCCCGAAGUUGUGGCCCGACUGCCGGUCGCGCCCCUCUGGGCCUUCCUCUUCUUCUUCAUGCUGCUCACACUCGGCCUCGACAGUCAGUUUGCUCUUCUAGAGACCGUGUCAACAGCAAUCUUUGACCGAUUUCCGAGCCUUCGAGAAAAGAAGACACUUGUGGUUCUCGCAAUAUCAGUCUUUGGCUACUUCGGAGGUCUAAUAUUCACGACACGGGCUGGAGUCCACUGGCUGGAGCUAUUCGACAAGUACGCCGCAAGUCUGUCCGUGCUAGUCAUUGCCAUUGGAGAGUGCACACUUAUCGCCUGGCACUAUGGCGCGGAGAAAUUCCUCUGCGACAUCGAGAAAAUGAUCGGAUCUCGCUCCUACACAUGGACACUGUUCUGGACCAUCAUGUGGAAAUACUUCACACCAGCCACGUUAGUGUUCAUCCUGAUCUUCAACAUCAUGGAACACUCUCAAGCGAAAGGCAAGGACUACCCACCUUGGGCCAUCGGCGUCGGCUGGACCAUCGUGUUCAUACCGUUAGUCACCAUUGUCGUCCUCAUGAUCAUCAAGCUCUGCUCGGUGCCUAAAGGCAGCCUGGGACACCGUGUGGCCGUCACCAUGAGGCCCACCGAGGGCUGGGGGCCGGCGCAGACGCAGCAGUCACUGAGGCCCGACGUCACGGAUGAGAAUGGUAGCAUGAACGGCGGUAUCGGGCGCGAGAACUCCUUCGACAACCCCUCCUUCAACGUGACUUACACGUUCGAGACGACUAUCUGAUGACUGCAGGACCUCUGCACCUCCCUGCGAAGCAAGAGCAGGGCUAACGACUGAGUCCGAGCCGCCUCCAGGGCGGCUAACCGGACACAGCGGCCGAGGUGCAGACGGGCGCAUCCGCGCUUCAAUCAAAGCCGAUGACUGAGGAGCAUCGAGUUGGACACGGUCCCUACCCAACUCUCCACUAUGGUUCAACUUGAGAACUCGUGUGGACACUCGGUGCCAGGUGACACGGGUGCGGCGCCAGGGUUUGACGUUUACGGGAACGCCGCUUAAGGUUCAGGAUGUGAUGAAGCAGCAUGUUUCUUCGCGAACGCUUUGUUUCGUUGGCGGAGGAUGUUGGCCGGACGUAGGAAAAGGUGUGUCAGAUUGCGCUCCUUUUAUCCUUGCCAGGUCACGCACGUGAGCAGCCGUGAGACCUUGAUUGGCGACUCCGCGGAGUUCACCUUUUCGAGCUGUUCUAUAGAGAGGUCGGGAAGCCGAAGAACACUCAGUAGGAAGGUUAAGCCGAAGCCAUAACGUUAUAUUUUCACGCAGGCUCAACGAAGGAAGAAUGUCGUUCCCUUACUUAACGCGUGUCAGCAUUUUAGUGAGAAAAACAGUAUGUCCUUGAAAAUUUCGUUUAGCAAUGACUUCCUAGAAUGAGGUGAAUGUAGGAAAGGUUAUAACUCUCUAACCACGUGUGUCAUUUUCAUUUUUACUUAGAUACUGAUGUCGGACUCUGUUCGCUCGGCGGUAUUGUUUUAUGGGAUUUCGAACUGAACUCUGGCGUGUAAAUACCUGCAUUUCUCUUUUUAUUUUCUCAUUGUGCGCGAACGUGUGGCUCUGUUUCCCGGUGAAGCAACCAUCACGCCGCGAGUAUUUUCUUGCUGACCUCAAGUUGUCUCUGAUCUCCUUACUGUACUUUCAAGCUGCGAGAAUGUCUUUGAGCCCGUCCAUCUUAAGGGCUUUUCACUUAUAGGCAACUCCUCUAAGAUGGACCGAGCCAAAAGCAGCGUUUCACACGCAUUUGUAGCGAUACAACAUUACGUACAGUACAUGCCAGCUGAGAAUCCUCACAUUCUCAUGGUUUCUCAACAACCACAACAUGUUGGGCACAUUCCAGAGAAAAUGACGUCAGCAAGCAUUUCGACCGCCUGUCGCCGCUAGCGGCGUAUGCUUGUGAUCCUGAUGUUCAUACGAUAUCUCUGUAACAUAUAGCAUCGUCAAGAAUGACAUGAAGUUUAUUUCUCCCAACACAGCACUGCUUGUACAAAACGGUAUAUUGUUGAUAGCCUGCUUAUUUAUUCGUUCGCCGUCGCUCUUGUUGGAUGAUUAACGGUUGAGUUUAAGAAAUCUAUGUGACGCCCCUUCAAUGAAGGCACCAUGUCGUCGUCGUGUAUGCAUGUGGUUUUCUUUUCUCGCCCGAGACAAUGUUUGCUGGUGUGAACAAAUGAUCCUGUGCUUAUGUAUCGCACUUAAUUUGCUUCAUUUUGCUAAGAGAGGACGAAUACUCACCGACAUACUGCUAGACUUAGAGAAAUCGUACGCUGAACCGCUUAGUUGGUGUUACAUUAGUCGUGUAUUAUGUGUAGUUUAUGAUGAUGUUGUGGCCGUUCCGAGUAACUGGUGGUAUAGAAUGUGAUCGCAGAAUCCUUGUGACGAGUUUUUGUCAUGAAGUGUGAUUCCUCGAGUUGUUGACGCGUAGCAUAGUGUAUCGAGUUAUAGCUUUGUAAGAAAAAAAAGUGAAACUUGCAAAACUGAUGAAGUGCUUGACAUUGUACAUUGAGACAAGAAGUUAUUUUGCAUAGUUAACAUUUUUGUAGAGCAUAGCACAUAAUUUCUGGAGCGGAGUGCUCCGCCGCUAGAGGCCUCCGUCGAUGAACAUGCACGAUCGCUGCCAUCUGAUAAUGCGCAUGGCAGCGCGUAGCGCUAAGUUUUAUCUGUACGGGUUUUUGUUGCGCCGCAUGCGUUCUGCUAGCAAUUUGAAAUAUCUGCGUUAGUCAUUCCAAGUAAGUGUUCAAUGUUCCAUUGCUCCUCGCACGUAGACUCCGAGAUCCGUAGUUCAUUCUUACUUUGUCCGCUCUGUUAAAGAUUUUGUUCGCGUGCUCGCAAAUGGAAUUUGUUUUCAUUAGAGCAUUUAAUAACGCUUCACAAUAUUCAACUCAUGGAUUUAUGUGGUACCAGUAUUUUAAGAAUAUUAAGGGCUUUGUUUUUCUUUUCUUAUUGGUUUUGUUCUUUUUCGCGGGUUCGGGGCUUAGUACAUGGCAGGUUACGCUUGUUGCCGUCAAACUAGUACGAUUAGUAUGAGUGGUAAGAAAUGAAUCGAGUGGCUGUAAUACCGUUUUACCAGCCGUGAAAGUCGUGUGCACUAGUCAGCAGUAGCCCACUCAAUGGUUUCUCACUGCAGUUUCGCGACCUUUCACUGUGUUACCCGGUCGGAGUUAUUGGCCUUAGGGUGUUAAAAAUUAAGUGAUGUAAGUAUCCGAAGCGCAAUGGUUUGUCCCUUACUAGGGCUUCGAACCUUAGCCCGGAAACUCGUCUGCAGAAGGACUCAGCGGUGAUCUCUGCCCCAGCGACGGGCGACUGAUUCCUGGAUUCGGCGUGUAUAUGUCUUUCCUCACAAAAUUUUUCGGGGGAAUACUUGUUUUCUGCGUGUGCUAAGAGCAAAAUAAUGCUCCCUGUGGCGCCUGCACUUCCUGGUGAUACACGCCCAUACCACUUUACCGCACCGGCGUGAGACUCGCGAAUAUGUAGAAUGUGCCUAAACACUAGCCUGAUGACUCUGUGUAACGCUCAGCAUAUGUGGUCGUAGAACACUCGAGUGUAAAUAGUGUACAUUAGUGUGUUAGCUGUACGUGUCUACCACGCUCUGAUUCCAUUUCUCUCACUCUCUCUCGAUCUCGGUGAAACCAGCAUGUCAGAGGCAGGACAUCACGUGUACAUUACGUGUAUAGAGAGUAAUUUUAUGGGGUCGGCGCUCAGUUGACUGGGGCGCAGGGUUGACAACUCUGUGUGCAUUUGUCUUUAUUACUUCUUUUUGUCGCUAACCAGGAGGAGGGUGUACACAUUUUUUCCCCUUUAAUCUUGAGCUUUGUGGCACACGGGCACGUCACAUGAUGAGUUGGUUGCAGGGCUGACAGGCAGUGAAUGAAUUCUUGUGAAUCUUGCGGGCAGUGAAUGAAAGGUAGCAAGAGUUAGUAGAGCUUAGUUUGUGUCUUGCGGGCAAGGGACUACCAGUGAGCUUCGCAACACGUGUACCUGCCGUGUCUACAAACUGUCUGAUCUUAUUUCAAGCAAACCGUGUGACAAGCAAUAGUUAAAAACUGUCGGAGCCGCGUAUUUAAAAAAAAAUUAUUUCUGUUGUCAGUGAUUGUGUCCACAUUCGGUCGUUAUGGUUUCCUCGUGACUUCGACGACGAUUCUGAGAUUUGUUGCAAUCCUUAACUGUGCGGCGAAAGCCAUCAUGUAUGAGCUUAGAAGGAUUAUGAGAUAAGUUGAUAAAAUAAAAUGAAUUGUAAAUGAGGAAAUGGACAGCAUGGUAACUGUGACACAAAAUGUUUUCACAGUUAAUAGUUUUUCUUUGCGAUCGGCAUAAUAAGCAGAUUGAAGUGCAAGCGCAGCCGUUAACAGUUUGCAGAAAAACCUCACAUGCUAGAUCUACAGACGAAAUCAGUCUUCGACAGCCUACCGUGAGGUGCAUAAUGGUCAGCACUGUUCUGACAAACUCAAUUGUGCGUUUAUUACAGUACAGUGAUCUGACAGUUGUUCAGUAGUUACGCGCUGACGCUAAUAAGAACUCGUCACACUGAGCGUAUGAGAAAAUUCGUGCAUCAAGCGGCAAACGUUCGUCAAGCCUAAAGAUCUCAAAACGAGAAAUUCCAGCUUGUGAACAAACCACUAUCGAAUGUGCCCGAGAGGCUGGUGGCGUACCAACUUCGAAAAUGCUUCGGACUGCUUUCGAUAGGUUGCUUGGUUUAGUUUAUUACGUGCUGCAUUGUCGGCGCUCUGGCCCGAAGAAAGAAGGGCGCGAUAUUGUUUCACGGUCUAGCGCUCUUGUAGUCACGUCAUUUAGCCAAAUACAGUUCAAUCUCUACUCGUUUAGUGCCGCAGCACCUCCGCGAAGCGUAUCCAAAACACCACGCCCACUUGAGCUCGUAAUGUUGCUGCUCGGAACCCGGACUCUGUAAAGCAAUAUCAGCAGCGUCAAAAACGAAACAUUGGGCAACGGCUGUCAUCUCCCGUACCGAUGCUGUUGCGUUGGCUGGUCAAUCAAGCUGUGCCGUAGUUGUGUAACACGAGUCUUGCCGAAGCCAUCUUCUAGGGCACGCCUACUUCAGCCCUUUCCUAUUUCUCCUCCUCCUCCUCCUGGAAUAUAGUCUUUCAUGAGGGGCGCGACGAGCGGCGAUGUUUCGCCAGCGGGAGGGGCCCGCGCUGUGACGGGCCCGCGGGCAGUCGGGAUCGAUCUCCUUCCGUCUUAUAUACUGUCGUACCUAACACUCGCUUCACAACACUCAUUGCCGCAUCAGAUUCGAACGCAUGCGCAUACUCCGUCUCUCCCCGUGUCCAGUGCGGCGUCGACGUCGCCGCCGUGCGUGCCGGGCAGCCCGCUUCCGAGAUCUGCACUGAAGGGGUGACCUCCGAGAUGACCGCACGACUGCUCGUAAUUUCGGAGGCCAUACUUAAAGGGAUGCUAAAGAGAAACUAAUUGGAGUUCAGACUUGUAGGUUGCAUGUAUUUUUCGAAACACUGGAUUUUAAUCUCGAGGGGGAAUGUGGUGUGGUUAGUGGAAGAGAGAGUGGAAACUAAUUUUUUCCAUUUGAAUAUGUCGCACCAAGCCAAGCCGCUUGAUCACGACAAUUAGGAAGUUUCGGAUUUCAUUCUAUUGUUGCACUUUCGGACUUCAAGUUUAUGAACGUUUUCCUGCUUGCAUUUGCUCACCUUCACGUGCAGUAUAAUUUUCGUUAGUUGAGAAAUAAUCCACCAUUCUCAGAACGACGAAGUCAAAAUUUAUGACGUCGCGGUACCUUCCUGCAGACAUUUUCAAUCAGCAGUCGCCCCCGCGAUGGUUUUUGCGUCCAUUACAGCUUAUCAACCAUCCGCUUACUGUACGAGUAAUAAGUGUAGUACUCGAGAUUUCAGCGUGCUCAUCAAGCUUCGCGCAAAAUUUCUCUUUGGCCUCCCUUUAAGCUGAAAGCUCACACUAGCCACCGGAUUUUGCUCGCCGCGCUGAUGAGAGCUCAGUGUAGGACUGCCAGUUGUUGGUGCAGAUGUUGGCGUCUUUGCGCGUCGUUGGGCUUGGUGACAGCGUUCUUGGCGGAAGCGGCUGUCCGACAACAGUUAUUGUAAAGAAAAAAUGAAAGUCGUCAGUUAGCACGGGUGCGAAUUUGGCGCUGUAAAGCUUACGUGUACCUUGUACCAGUGGAGGCGAGAACAGCAUUUAUGGUUGGACUUUCAAUUUGAAAUUGGUCAUUUCACUUUCAGUCAUAGAAAACAGUGUUUCGUGUUCGCCCUCAUAGUGUGUUUCGCAGUGAGCGAGUAGCUCACUGUAAACGUUGGUAGCCAAACUCAUCUGACCUCCAUAAGCGAAUAUAUAUAUAUAUAUAUAUAUAUAUAUAUAUAUAUAUAUAUAUAUAUCAACCCAGCUUAGUUAUGGUAACUAGGUUAAACAAUACCGAUUAUAUCUAACCCUACAGUGUUUUCGUACACCACAGCGGAUUUGCGAAAAUUCUCGAGAUAACCUCCAUGAACUUAUCUUUCUCUUUAAUUACCCGCUAUGAAACACUUCAUUUAAGUCUAUUCAACGCUCACUUACAAUCGUGUUUGCGUACUCUAAAGAGCUGUUUGCUUCCCCAGCUUUAUUUCGCUCAUCCGGUGCCUCGGUUCUGCCUCGGUCACGUGGAGUAUCCCAGCGUUGUCUUCUCGCCUGUGACGCAACAAGGUGACGUCAUCAGCCGCGCUCGCCGCUGCAGCCUUGUUCGCGACGCAAGGAGCGACGAGCACUCAUUGAGGACAGCACGAGACGUGUAAAUAGGCAAACACCACAAGGCGGUCGCACGCAAUAUAUGGACGGAACGCAAGGUGUCCUUGCUGGAUCGUGUGAUAACGUGUACAUAGACCUUUGAGCUCACCGUCAGCUACAAUUAGAGUGAGUACCGCGCCGAAGUGUGUAGGCUGAAGGCACCUCGCUUGUUUUUUUGGUGGAUAUUUUGCUGCAGCCCCACCGGGACGAUUCCGUAUGCAUUUCCAUAUAAUUGAGUCGAAGUUCUUGGGCUAUUCGGUACACGAUUUUUUUUUUGUAACCAUAAGUUUAGCGCGAAGUACAUGAUCUCACACGCAAGAAGACACUGGUCGAAUGCCGAUAGCUAUUUGUCAGUUGUCAAACAGUUUUAGUUACCGCUCGUCCUUCGUCUUUUUGUUGUAGGGGUCGUUUGCUUCGCACAUAAAUCAUGUAAAAAAAUCAUUUUCACGUGUAUUUCAGGCUAUUCGCACGGAAAAAUUCAUAAAUUUACACGGAUUCCACGACAUUCCCGCAUGAAUAGUACAGGAAACUGCGAUAAUAAUGCAUACGAAACCGUUUUGGUGUGGGGAGGUAUACCUGUGAAAUAUAUAUAGAUAUAUAUAUAUAAAGACCAGGUCGUUGACUGUUUUUGAGAGUCUCUAACGGAGAUAUAGAACGUUGGAAAUUUGAAGUGACACUAAAUGCAAGAAGUUUAUUUUUGAAGAGUGCUCUCGUUACGUCUAGCGGGUUUCAUUCGCGCAAGUAUAUUAAUGUUCAUUGUCUUAAAGUUUAAAUUAGUGUUUCUUUUGGGCGGCCACCUGUUCACACGCUUCUGUAGGUUUCUAAACAAAGUGAUCGGCGCAAUUUCGUUUAGCUUUUUUAUGAUUCAUUAAAUACUUUCUUGUCCGGCUGGAUUGUGUAAAAUAAACUUUUCAUGUAAAGUCUUAAUUCUUUCACAUUCGCAGUACUUCACCGACAUCAAUCGCGAUUGGUGGACAGAUUGGUCGCGAAUGUCAUGCUCGUUUUAUGCCGCUGCGAUUAAGUUCUGUUUCUCUUGAAAAGAGGUGCCUUUUGUGACUCUGUGUGAGCCAGCGUUGCUGUUGAACCGCUGUGAGCACAUGUACAUUGGAAAUGAUACAUCUGUACCUUGCGUUUGAUAGCUGAAUAAAAGAAGACAAAAAAAGAA